AUGGCCGAGCUCGAGCAGGACUACAUCUCGAAGAGCAAGCACAUGUUUGUGACUGAUGAGGGAGAUGAUAUACUCUGCGAGAUCGCUGUCUCGUCUCAUACUCUGCCAUGCUGCUUCGAGUAUUAUGCGACCCUCGACAAGCUCAAGCAAGGCGAGGCGGUAUAUGACCAGGUUGGACAUGCGAUCCUCACUCUACUCAACAAGAGUCAAGAAGAUGACGACGAACCUGGUCUUGCUUGGAUGCACCACAUGGUGCGAGGUACCGUGCCCAGAGAGCCCAGGAAGGUCAACAUCCGGCAACACGCUCGCGAUGAGUAUGGAUUUCAGGACAUCCUGCGCUAUGUGAAGCUGCUGUUCGACAGAAAUGGCAAACCAAAAACAAGUCUGCAAGAAGACCACCAGGCCAUGCUAGCAGAUGAGGAACUGCUCUUGCUCAAUCAUUUCUCGAUCCGCCCGAAGUACCAGAGACAGGGCAUGGGGCUGAUCUGUCUCAACGCCCUGGCAGCGGCUCUCCAAAGCAUCCCCAACAAUGCCCAGGGAGAAAAGUGGGCGUACCAAGGAACUCUCAUCACUUCACCCUACCCGAUUACUGAGUCCACUGAAAUCAUUCGGUCAGCGAACAUCGUUCCGGCAGCACCACACGCCGUGAUGGAGAAGCUUACGAAGAAGUAUGGCGAUUUUGGGAUGGUCAUGGCCCACAAGGGCGACGAGCGUGUCGAAGAUGUUAUCAGAAUUAUGAUCGGAGAGAUCGGCCAGCGAGCUGGUCGCAAACCUGCAGCCAUCAACACUCGAGCUACCACAGGCAUCACCAACAGCUCCACUGCAAACGAUGAGCAGGCACAGGCAGAUGAUAUUCCCCACGGCGGAGAGCCAAAUGACGAUCAGUCAGAUGUCCCUACCGCCAUCGGCGCAAACGACAAUGGUCCGCGAGACAAUACCAGCGAUUCGGAAGAUGAAGGUCAAGACGCUGAAGAGAGAUUGGCUCAAAGAAUGAGUCGAAGCUCCAUUGCACCCUCGUCGACUUAUCGAUACUCUAAUAUCUCUGCAUCGUUCAAAGGCAGACGUCUAGACCCACUCAUCAAUGCUCUGGUGCCUAUCAGCGAGAACGAGUCCAAAGACCCAGAUGUGGAGAUGACCGAGACGGACGACACUGAGGAGGGCCCCGUUCACGAAGUCGGGACUGACGACGGAGGCGGCCCCCACGUCCCUAGCGAUGAUGAGGAAGGUAGCGAAGAUGAUGAACCAACACCACCGCAUGCGAGAAUCACCAAGAAGCGCGCAGCUCCGACAGACCAAAACACUAGCAAGCCUUCAACGUCGAAGAGAGUGCGUGGUCCAACAGGCGGUGCAAAUCAAGCACCCGCACGCAUGACACGGCUCCAACGCGAGGCAGCGCUACUGAAUCAAGACAUCAACAGAGUCGCUGCCACCAAGUCAAAUCCCACGUACCCAUGGUACGAUGGCAAGACAUGGGAGGGAGACGAGGCGACGCCAGAGUUGGCGGUCGAAGGGAGACACCAGGAGCAGGUCUGGAAAUUGCUGCACGCCGAAAAGCCCCCACUCCACUCUCACAAGCUUCCGAAUCGCCAGAACCAGGCAGCUCGGAACUUGCAGAUCCUGGGCGAGAGGAAGGGGUACUACUUCGUCACCUGGACUCCCGCUCAAGGUGUCGUAGCUGAUGCCUAUGCGGAGAAGUCGAAAGUCAACGGAGCCGCUGUGGCAGCGUGGGACGCAAAGACGACGGACGAAAGGGAGAUGAGGCGGCGGCCAUGA